AUGACAAACUUUCAGACACCAACUGGUUUGGAGAGCGCGGUGGCAGAGAGAGCGACUCUUCCCCAUCGCCAUACAAGCGUUUGGCGGAACUUAUUUGGACCCAUCGACCAUGACGAGCUGAGCCGCGAGUUGAAGGCGAAGCUGAAGGAAAUAUCUGAACGAGACCAGCGUCGAUGGAAUUUCCACUUCGAGACAGACACACCAAUUCCCGGGAGUUACGAAUGGGAAGAGAUGUCAGCGGACUCAACACCUGCCUUCUACCAGGAGUCGACGAAAGUUGGAGGCAUGAGGGUUCAGGUUGUGACAUCAAACACAGACUAUACCGCAGACGUUGUCACUGAUAAUGUGCGUGGUUGUUGCCUCAACCAAACCCCUCUAUCAGACUGUGAACAGACUGCACUUUGUUCCAACGAAGUUAACCAAGAGAAUUGGUCCAAUUCCCCCAAUACGAGGAAAUUUAACUCAACACGAUGUAUUCGGCGUAAGAGGUCGAGGACAACAUCUUAUGAACGUGCAGUCAACGUUACUCAAAUUACAGAUUUUUUCCCAAAGAGGAGGAGAAGAUCAACGUCAGAGAUGAAGAGCACCCAGCCCAGUUCUUCCCUCUCAAUUCCCCUUGAACUAACGCCACGCAAAACUCAAAUAAUUCGAUAA